AUGGAUGUCUACGGGACGGCAGUGACGGCCAUCACCCAGGUCUAUCAGGUCACCGUCUUUAUCCAGGGCGUCAUCUCUGACAUCAAAGCCUUUGACGACGAUCGGGCCGAAAUUAAAAUCAAGUUAAAUGUCCAAUUGUCGACCUUGCUGUUCUUUAAACGGCGCUUUUUCCAUCCAGAACAUGGACUAAUGACGCCAGGGAAGGUGGACCCAUUCAUAGCCGACACCAUAGAAGGAUUGUUGGUACAAAUGAGAAAGACCCUGGCGGAGUACGAGAUUGUGGCAACUAAGUACGGACUCGUGGAUGAGGAGUACACCAUCGAGCCCGAGAAGCCCAAAGUGCAAGAAUCUUUGCUCGAACGGGCUAAGGCCAAAGCGAAAUCGCUGAAGCUCAAAGGCUAUGACUGGUCGCUCUUCGACAAGAAGAAACUCAACCGCAUCUUGGAAGCAUAUACCAAAUGGUCAGAGGAUUUACGAAAUAUCAUGCAGCACAUGUCACAAGAGACUUUGGCGGAGCUGGCCCAAAGCGAUCCUCAGGGGCUCAAAAGCAGCGGGCUCGAACCGGUGCUGAAGCGGCGGAUGCUGGCAGAGGCCAAAGCCCCAGCUGAUUUUCAUGAAUUGACUGGCACCAUCACUGAGAAUGGUAAAGCUGCAGGGGGCUUUCAACUGGGAAAUUGGUCUCAUGCGGAAUCCGAAGUGAUGACUGUGGUUGUCGAAUACCACGAGUAUGAGAGCAUGCUCAAGCGUGACGAUCUCGAGUCGGACGAGAUCGAAGAAUUGAAAGAACCAAUCCGCAAUCUCGCCUGGCUACUUCAGAGCACAACCUUUUUUGAUACUUCAUCCAAUGCGCUCGACCAGCCCAAGAUCUAUGCGCUGGAGUGCCUUGGGUUUAUGGACCAGCCCACUGAAGAACGAACCGCAUUUCUCUACAAACUUCCGCCAUCUGAACCAGAAAGCGAAUCAUCUUUGACAACACUGCAUGCCUUCAUCAACGCAGUCGAUAGUACAACCAAACGACCACUCAAGAAGCCUUCCCUUAAUGAUCGCUUCAGCAUGGCACAUAGCCUGGCCUUGACUAUUUCCAACGUCCAUGCCUCAGCUUGGGUCCACAAGAACAUCUGGAGCAAAGGCAUUCUGCUCUUCCUUGAGACGCCCUCCGGAAUUAGCACAUCGGGGCUCUAUGAGCAUCGACUUUUUACUCCAAGCCCAGGGAGCAAGAUCAUUUCGUAUUUGAGUGACUGGGGCUACGCUCGCUCCGUGCAGCAGGGAACAGACAUGCGCUCUGAUUUUGAGGUUGAGCCUAAUCUGUACCGCCAUCCGCAACGCCAGGGCCGGCCGACGCAGCAAUUUACCCGGCUGCAUGACAUCUAUGCACUGGGUGUGGUACUUUUUGAGAUAGGACUCUGGGUUACGCUGUCGAGGUUGAUGGAAGCAAAGAUUCGAGAGGCGGAAAAUAGCGGUCGGUUGCCGCGACCGAAGAAGAUUGUUGAGGACCUCAUGCUAUUGGCGGCAAGAGAGCUGCCGAAGGAGAUGGGUAUGGGCUACACAAACGCCGUGCUUGCAUGCCUGAAGGGAGACUUCAAAGGCACGGAAGGACCAUCCUUGGCUGUUGACUUCGAGCAGAAGGUGGUGGAGGUCCUCAGAGGUGGAGUUGUACUGUAG